UUCACCUACAAACAUGAGCACACCACAACAGCAAAUCCCAAUUCACUACACACCCGAUGACCGCCUUAACCGGCCCCACCUAAACGAGCGCCGUGACUUAAGGCGUCAUCACACUGCAAGUUACUACGUGCACCGUGUCAAAGAAAGCCUAACAACUCGUGUCUCGAAACUAAUAUGUUCUAUUUUUCUUAGCCUGUUGUUCAUUGUUGGUCUCAUAAUGUUCAUUUUAUGGCUUAGUUUACGCCCACAUCGUCCACGAUUUUAUAUCAAUGAAUUCUCGAUGGCUAGUUUAGCACAAGACGGUGGCUUUGCAUCGGCUCAAGCUGCUUAUAAUGUGACUGCACGAAAUCCUAAUCUAAAUAUCGGGAUUUACUACGAUGCAAUGCAGCUUACACUGUAUUAUCAGAAUCAGAACAUUGGGGCAAUGCCAAUAAUGUCUCCAUUCUACCAAUCACCCAAAAAUACAACGAUUCUCGAUAGCGUGCUGGCUAGGCCUGCAUUGGUGGUUGAUGAGGCCCGAUGGGCCCAAUUCGUGGCUGAUAAGAUACGCGGACAAGUGUUAUUUCGGCUAGAGGUUGCUUCCUCGAUUAAGUUUAAAGUUGCGACUUGGGAAAGUAAAAGGCACAAGAUUCAUGCUAAUUGUGAUAUUGGUGUUGGACCGGAUGGGUUACUGUUAUCAAGUUAUGCCAAUCAGAAAUGCAAAGUGUAUUUUACGUAGAACAUAACAGACGUAUUUAAGGGUUUGCUUUCAAUUUGUAAUUCUCUGUUUUGUUUUUCAACUAUAUAUUUGUAAAGGUAUUUUAUUUGUUUUAUUUUUUAUAAUUAUUGC